AUGUUGCUCAUCCUGUUCUGCGCCACUCUUGUGGUUGUCUAUGCUCAGCAACCAACACCCUGCCAUAUGAUCAACCGUCCAGCUUCAUGUGAACUUUGGCCUGCAGUAGGAUACAAAAUAACAACAUAUAAUAAACUCUUAUAUUUCACUUGCACACAGAACAAGGAAUACAAGAUUAACCUCAAGGCUAGGAACUGUACUGUGGGCGCUUUGACAAGACCCUUCAUCCACUUCGGUAUCCCCCCUGAUGCCAAGUACACCGGCACUGCCAACGUUGGGCCCGUGAAUAUUCCUGAUGAGCACGCCACCGUCAUCUUGUUCGAGGGAACUGAUCGGGAGAGUGGAGGAUUCUACUAUGGGGAGGUCACUUCACCUGACUGUGUACCCGUCGCAAGUGGUUACUAUAGCAACCAGACCGGAUACCUGCAUACUUCCUUCUACGACAUCACCGGAGGAAUCCCAGACCCGUCUGUUUUCAUUCCCCCAUCAAACUGCGUUCCUGUCUAAGAUUUUAUCUGAAAAAAUCACUAGCGUGGAGAUACAGACAUCUACAUGCUGUAGUCUAGUAAUUCCUAAUAUUGUUAGUCAUUAUUACUUAUAAUUAAGUUAUUUUCGCCAGAAGCAGUAUUUUGUCCGUUUUAUAUCCUGUGUUUUCGAAGACACUUUGAACAAGUUCACUUCGUGGACUUUUUUAAGUUAAUAAAAUACAAUUAAUCAACGUG